AUGCGGGCCUUUUUCGUGAGUUUGUUGAUUUUCUCGGCAUCUUUCACUCGAUUCCAAAUUUCCAGGUUCUUCUGUUGAUCCUCGCUAUCUUUUCCGCGUCUGAAGGUCGCGUGAAGACGCGAAUGUGCCUGUGCGCGCCCGGACAAAUCUGUGUGCAAGGGAACUGUCACGACUACCUGCUAAACAACAGAGUUCGCCGCGAUGUGUGCGGAAUCUGCCCGGCCGGAACCUACUGCUUCGACGGACAAUGCAUCCUGUACCCAUGGCCGAUAGCAAAAUAA